AUGCGCGCCUCUACCUCGAUGCCCAGCACGUUGCGCGGCAUCUCGACGUCGGCGCGGACACAGGCGCAGCGCUCCGCCACGGUGCUGGCGCCACCCCGUACCACGGCGUCGCGCUCCCUCGCCGACGGACGGACGACGUCGCCACCCCGCCUCGUUCCCCCCUACGUCGGGCCGGCAUCCGCCUCGUUUCCCUCGGUAUCCGCGUCGAGCCUGACAAGCAGGGGCCCGCAGAGAUGCGUCCAGGACUCGUUCCGACGCCUUACCAUGUCCAGGAGGGGGUUCGUCUCUUCCUCAUCGCUACCUCCGCAAACGGGCAAGCAGGGUGCAACGCGGGGAUCAAGCGAGGCUCUUCUCGGUGCCGUAGCGGCAGCGUCGACGGUCGUACUCCUCACGCUCUACACAUCGGGCCAGGUAUUCGCAGACGAUGCCAAGAAAGACGACGACGGGACGACGACGACGAAGAAGAAAGACGACGAAGGACCGACGCUCCUCGUCCUCCUUGGCUCGCCACGAUCCGGCAAGAGUACGCAGGCGCAGCGUCUGUCGAAACGCUUCAACCUGCCCAUCCACCCAUCCUCUUCAUCACCGACACCACCCCCCGAAACCCAGCUGUACAUCUACGAGCUCGCCGACGCCACCCCGUCCGCCGUAGAAUCGCUGGAGAAGGGGUCGGCGCCCAUCUGGUGCAUCCUCUUCUUCGACCUGCCCCUCGACGCCUACCGCAAACGCUUCCCGGACGACGACGAGGGCGCAAAGAAGCUAGAGCGCCAGAGGGACGACGUCAUCCGCGUCGUCAAGCGCUUCCGCGACCAGGGGAACAUCCUCGAGAUCUCGGCAGACUGGGAGUCGCCCGACGAGGUGUGGGAGCAGGUCGAGGCCAAGGUCGAACAGAUCCUCGAACUCAAGGAGCGCGGAGAGGAGCUGGGCUGCUAA